UCAUACGCCCAACGCCGCGUAAAACACAUUCAACAUCACAGUUUCAAGUUUCAACUUAAAAAAAAUACAAUUAUCGAUUUUGAAUCUUGUGUGAGCGAGUGAUGUUGUUGUAAAAAAAUUGAAAAAUCCAAAUUGUAGGCUGGAACAUCAUGACAGCAUUGAUCGGAUAACCUUUCAUUACAUUCGUCUUACGUAAGCCAGCAUCAAAAGCAACGAUGGGUAAUAAAGUAUCAGCUGAAUCUAAUGUUGACAUAAAAAAUGUCCCGAACAUCGGAACACCACCUCCUGAAUGUCCCAUGCAUAAUAAAGGCAAUGCAGUGUCAACGAAAGAAGCAGGAAAACCAUCAGAAUUUUCCGUUCAAAAUGACAAAAAUACCACUGAAACGAAGAAGCCCUCGGAGUGUCCUGUGCAACACGGGAAUGAUAUCAACCCCUACAACAUGAUGCCACCUGCGAACCAGCAGCCAGCCCCAGACCAGCCAUUUUCUCUUCCCACAAACAGACAAGUGUCGUCGAUUCCUCGAGCAAUGCCUGAUGGUUCCACAGAGUUCUGGGUCUAUCCUAGUCAACAAAUGUUUUGGAAUGCAAUGAUGCGCAAAGGUUGGCGUUGGAAGGAUGAAGACAUUAAACAAAAAGAUAUGGAAGACAUUAUUCACAUUCACAAUGCUAAUAAUGAGCAGGCCUGGCAAGAAGUAUUGAAAUGGGAAGCACUACAUGCAAAGGAAUGUGGGCAUCCUAGGCUCAAAAGCUUUGGUGGUAAAGCAACUCAAUACAGUCCUAGGGCAAUCAUACGGUCUUGGCUUGGGUAUGAACUACCAUUUGACCGUCAUGAUUGGAUAGUGGACAGGUGCGGAAAAGAAGUGCGAUAUGUUAUUGACUACUAUGAUGGAGGAGAAGUUGAUAACAAGUACCAAUUUGCGCUUCUUGAUGUGAGGCCAGCAUUAGAUUCCAUAGAUAAUGUUUGGGACAGAAUGAAAGUAUUUUACAUGAGGUACCGUUACGAGUUGAUAGGAAAUAAAGAAAACCCUGAACUGACCAAUUGAGGUUCCUAGCCUUUGGGUUUAUGGCCAAAACAUAUGUAGAUCUACAUCAUUGUUUCGUGGGGUUCUUCUGUCGACUACAGAUGUCACUGCUGUAACUCUUUGUGAUUGUAUUUUAUUGUUUUGAUUGUAAUGUAUGUAUUGAAAUUGUUUUUCAAUUGUCCUUACUUUUAAAUCUCAAAAACUUGGCGCUUCUUCAGUAUUUUGUAGAAAUUUAUAUAAUUUAUUAUUAAUUCUUUGA